UGCUAGUCUAGAACACGCUUUUGCACUUUUAGCGCUCGAGUGCUCGGAAGCAUUCCGAUGCUUCCAUGUGGUGUGGCGUAUCGUUUGCAGUAAAGGUAUGAAAGGAGUGCCACUCCAGGAAACCAAACCGACAAUUUGAAUUCCAUUUCCCUGGAGCGUGAGCCCAUAGAGUGCCGUUGGCGAAUAGAUUAAAGUUCGGUUGAAGCGAGUGACGGUGCAUCGACGACGAUGCGUUCUCUUGCCUAUUACGUGGUGCUAUCAUGCAUGAUCCUGGCGUGCGAGUUUCCACGAUCCGUUGCAGGCCAGGAAAGCAGCAAAGCAACAACAAAGGAAGGAGCCGCCCCGGAAAUCCCAGAUACGCCAUACGAAACACAGACGGCCCAGUGUACGAUCACAUCCGGUGAUAUUGAAGCGAGUGCCCAGGCUUCGAUCAGCAAGACGUUGGUAGGAGUAUGCGGAACAGAUGAAAUGCUUACGGCUUUCCGUACCCUAGAGGCCAAACUACUGGACGAGUUACAAAAUAUUCGCAAAAUGAUCCGCGAUCCAUACUUUAAUCCUCCACCGUUACAACCGUCGGUGUAUCGAUCGGUGAAACGGAUCGUAUCUGCAUCGCAAACGGCUUCCAAUACAGCGCUUCCUCAGGCACCAGCACCAGUUCACCAGGUGCCAGUAGCGCAACCUCCAGCUAUCGAUCGAUCGAUCACCACACCAGCUACCAUACCUCGGACAACGUUAUCAAGCGGGGCAGUGGUGUUUAAAGAUGACGAUUAUGAUGAGGAUGAUGAUGAAGGAUCAGCGAUACCCGCUAAAAGUGGUGCUACCGUUACGAAUAGUAAUAGUCAGCUAGUCAAACAGCUUCCCACCGGAUUGCAACGGGAUUCAUCUCUAAAUUCUCGCAUUCUCGGUGAUGAAAAGGGCACACUAGGAUCUGUACAACCGGCCAUCGCCUUCAAACCCAUCGAUAAACCGACCGAAACAAGGUUUCUCACCGGUGGUUUGCGAGACUAUGAAGUGUACAGAUUCAACAAUACGAUCAUCUCCACCGGUGAUGCGAAGGUGUUUAAGUAUUUUUGGAAGAUCGAAAACUUUACCAAGCGCUUGCAGACCGCUCCGGUCGGAAUGGGUGCGACGUUCUCGAGUGCGGUGUUCGUAAUUUCUGGUUUGAAUUUACGGCUCCAUGCGAAAACGGUAGAGAAGCCCGGCGGUAAUUUACUGUAUGUGCAGCUGGAGCAACUGUCCGCGUGGGAUGAUGAGCUGCGUAAAACACCGAACGUGAUUCUGGCCUCGGGAGCCAUGUACGGACAGAUGGAAACGAAGAAAUUUUUCCGCCAUAAAAUUAUUAUACUUAACCAGGAUAUGCCUUUCAGCGAUAUGAUUUCUACGGAUCUUACAAAUACGAAUGCCAAAUUCGAGGCGAAACUUUCAGAACUAACCGCAGAACCGUAUCUUAAGGAUGAUAAGUUAUUGAUAAAGGUGAUCAUAUUUCUUUAAAUAACACACUGAUUGGGCUUCGAAUUUCGAGUAAUGAAAGAACCCUAUUGAUCCUAUUGGGCUAGCAAGCCCUGGUUCUUUUUCAAGAAAGUGAUAGUGAAUAAGUAGUUAGUCAAUGGAGAAAACAGUUUAUUUUGCG